ACGAUACUUUUCAGACAUCUGUUUACGGAGCAACGACCGACGCCCAAAGACUUGAGCACCUGUCCAAAGCCUGUGUUUUCCGUUCUUUAUUCCAUAAACGAUGGGUUAAUUUAAGUUGAAAAUCUUAGCGAUGGGUGUAAAAGAUGUCGGCCUCUUCAGACGGUCCAAGUAUUGGUAAUGGCACCAAGUUGGAGCCUUUAUAUCCCAGAUCUACGCAUGCACAAAUUGCAUAUGAAGAAUGCUUGCAGAACCAAAUUGCACAGCUCCUCGCUGAAAAUCAUCGGGAGGCCGAGGAGAUCGCGACUGGUGCCCGCCGCCGCUCCAGCAACGAGGGAGAUGCUCGUUUGAAACAGACACCAAAUGCCUUGACCUUGAGUUCAUGCAGUUUAACCGCUGACGACGCUGUCAAAUCAAAAGCACAAGAUAGAUCAACACGAAAUGUACAAGGAAAAAAAAAUUCGAAAGAUGAACAUAAAUCAAGGCGUAGUCGAAGCGGGAGAAGGAAACGACGCCACAACAUCUUGAUGGUCAAUAUGACAAAAGCCAGAUCAAGUGGAGAAGUGUUGCGAGUCAGUCUCAAUGAAUUAGGAUGGCGAUGGAAGGAGUCAAGCGGCAUUCAGAGGGUACCUUGUGAUCUAUUCUGGAAUGGAGUAUCUUUCUUUGAUUGUGAAAAUAAACCCCUUGGAGGAAUGGUCAAUAAAUUCCCAGGUCUGUUAGAACUUGUACGCAAGGCCCAACUCUCGAAACUACUGCAUCAAAUGAGGCAGCUAUUCCCUGAUGAAUACAGCUUCUACCCACGGACCUGGAUCCUUCCAGAGCAGUAUCAUAUUUUCUGUGCAGAGGUCUCCACCUUCAUUCAGAAGUACCCCAGAGCUAAGCCAGUCUUCAUUGUCAAACCAGAUGAUGGUUCUCAGGGGGAUGGCAUCUACCUAAUCUCCAACCCUCAUCAUAUGUCCACUACUGGCCUCACCAAACCGGCGGUCGUCCAGGAGUACGUACCAAGGCCCCUUCUCCUAGAGCACCUGAAGUUUGAUCUACGCAUCUACGUUCUCCUAGCUUCCAUCGACCCACUCAGGAUAUACAUCUGCAAAGAAGGCAUGGCUCGGUUUUGCACCAUCCCUUACCAGGAACCAACAACGCGUAACCUCCACGUCACUUACAUGCACCUGACAAACUACUCCCUCAAUAAAUUCAGCACCAGCUUCGUGCACACGGAUGCGACGGAUCGGGGAAGCAAGCGAACCAUGACCAGUGUGUUUGGUACUUUGGCAAACAGGGGCUUGGAUACGCCCCGUAUGUGGGAAGAGAUUCAGGAGUUGGUAGUCAAGACCAUCACGGCCAUGCUUCCUGAUCUUCGGGUUGUAUGGGAAGCCGAGUUACCUCCAAAGAGAUCAAAUCCAUCAUGUUUUCAGAUCCUUGGAUUUGACAUUCUUCUGACAAGCAAACUAAAACCAAUUUUACUGGAGGUCAAUGCCAAUCCUAGCCUGAGACUAGACUUUGAGCAUCACCUUCCAAAUGGUCUAGUCGAGAUCCUACCCAGUCCGGUAGACGAAGAGAUCAAGAUUCCUCUCAUUACCGAUAUACUCAGACUCCUUAGACCAGGGAAGUCCUCCAAGAAUCCUAAGAGCGCAGCGUCAAUCAUGGCUGCUAAACGUAACCAGAUACCAGUUGUCAGUCUUGAUGUAGGAGACGUCCCGAACCAUCGGCUUGAUGAACCAACCUCUGAGGACGAGGAAGACCCUCUUUACGACUCCUGCUUAGAGGAGAUAUGGCCACGGAAGUUCGGUACCAAUUACGAGCACCUGCGCAUCAUGGAACGUGUGGCUGUCUUCUUCAAUCUCUUCCUCGGGGUGCGAGGGGCGCAUCGUAUGGGGGCUACUGGAUUCAGAACAUUCUGCAGAAAAUGUAAGCUAUGUGGAGGUGGGUUUUCAACCGCUGCUGCCGAUAUCAUGUACAUUGAUGUAGCUCGUCGUUGGAACGAACGAACCUGUGAGGGCGUCGCUGCCGGGAUGUGCUUCGGUGCUUUCCUGGAGGCCUUCUUCCUGAUAGCCAAGCGGAAGAUGAGGGGCGACACCCUUUGCGAACGGGUGGUAGCCCUCGUGGAGCACUGCGAGGUCAACUUGAAGGACAAUCAAGACUGGCAACCCAAGAAACCACUCCCGCAUCGCCGUCUUGGCCGACCGUCCAUGGCAGGACGCACUCUGGCACAGAAAAACAGCUCAGAGAAUUGAAAGGCAACUACCACCUAUGUGCUUUAAUUGUGCUCAAUGUUUAGAACCACAAGGACGUGUUUCUAUUCUCCUUCCCCUCCCUUCUGAGAAUUUUGUUGUUUAAUUGAAGCAAUGAUAAAGAGAGAAUUCCUGGAGAAACUGAAUAAGGAAAGGAGGAGCUAAUGGAAGGAUCCCAUUCCCAGCACAUCCUCCCUUCGUCCCCUCACUAGAAGUGUUGGUAAUCUUCUGGGUGGAAACAAAACUCAUCUGACCUUCCCCAACCCCCACCCCACCCUCCACUUGAUAUUUGAUGUUAGUGGGUAGGUGAACUCAGUCCUUGAAAAAAAGAAGCCAUGUUGUUUCUGGUAUUCAUGAAUUAAUACUUGUGUUAUCAUAGGGGUGUAAGUCGUUUCAUUCUAUUUGUCUUCUCACCUUGUCGAUGCAAGAGUGGCCUUGCUGCUCGAAAAUAUGUGAUUAAACUCGCUUAUUGUUAUUUGGAAAACAAACUCAUGUUUUAUUUUAAGUAUUCAUAGGACAGAUAUGUUGUAAGGUCAUUUUGUGAGAUUCUCUUUUAGAAAGUGAUCGAAGGAGUUAAUUGAAUUUUUGGUGCUUUGUGUUUAAUGUGCAAUGUAUAACUAGCAUUAUCUGUAUUAUUGCAUGUUGUGCCAUUUUAUUUUUGAUGUAUUUAUCAAAAUUAUGUUGCACUGCCUCAAAGUCAUGUUGACUUAAAUUUCUUUCAAAGUUUGGUGAACCAAGUUGACCUUGGAAAACCAAUAGUAAUUCAAAUUCAGAAAAGAGGUCUACAGGUGCAUGUGUACUUGUCAAAAUUAUAGUAUUUUUUUUAGAAGUUGGGUGCACCCAUUUAAGUCAAAACAUGAUCAAGUAUUAGUUUUGGUCAGAGCAAAACUUAUGUUACUCUAACAUUUUUCUUGUUAAACCUAUAUGUUCUUUAUUCAAUGUUUCCUUAGAAACAGUUUUGUUGUGUUUUUGGUGUUUAUGUCCUAGAUUUUAAUUUCCUACCAGUAUGCAAGAUUGUAAGGUAUUUAUCACAUAUUAUGAAUCUCAGAAGUAUCAACUCCAAACCGCAUGUAGGAUGCCGCCCCCCCCCCCCUCCAUCAUGCAUUGUUCCAUGGGUAACAAUGUGUAGUGAUUUGAAAAUUAAAACCUCAGAUUUUUCCAUUCAAAUUGGCAAAUUUUGAAAAUUAACUUUACGGCAUGUAAUUGCAAAUUCCUAUAUGAAUUUGUACAUGAAAAUCAAAGGGAAAACGCAGACCUAAAAUUUAUUUUUAAUGAAUAAGAAUUAUGAAGUCAAUCUGAAGAAAAAAUCUGAUCAAAGAUACCUUCCAUAUAAUUCUUUCUCAUAAAUGGUUAUUUGGAUGCAAAAUACUGUGUUAAUUUUAAUAAAUUGAAUAUAGAUGCUUGAUGUUUUAAUGAGCACCUUUCCACUGUGAUGUGCUUUGGUUUUGAUACGGGUUGAUGGACUUACACUUUUUAAAACAUAGUUUAAUCACUUGAGCUUAAGAAAGGUUUAUGGUAUUUGUGGUAACAGGAACGAAUGCAGUGUAUUCUGAAUGGGUCGUGCACGAAGGAAGCUUAUGAUCAGUGACUAGGUAACAUCUUGAAUAUUUCUUUUACAACUGCAGGUUGAAACGGAUCUGCACUGUAGAAAUCGUAAUUCUACCAAAAUUUCUAAUUCAUUCCAACUUCCAGUUAUAAGAAGCUGUUUAUUAAAUAUGAAAACCACUGGCAUUCUCAGUUGAAGUCUGGAGUUAGAUUUAUACAUGUUUAUAAAGAGUAUUUGUUGAUUUUAAGUUGGAACUUUGGUGUGGAAAAGGGGAAAUGGAAGUGCAAUCUAAUGAACUUAAUGCUAAUGAAAAUGCAAGAUCUUUGUGUUUCAUUGUAAAGUAUUUUCUGAUAAUUUUUAUACUCCUUUGAAAGUUUAUGUUCUAUGUUCUUUAAUUUUCAUUUGUUGAUAUUAUAUUCUCACAAUUGACGUCAAUGAUGUAUUGUCAUAGAAAUGAUUGUUCAUUUAACCCUAAAAACUGGGCUAUUUCAAAAAGACAUCAGCCCCCCCCCCCCCCCUUAUGAUCUCGGCCAUCAAUAGCAUAACAACGAAAAUCAGCAUGCAUGUUGCCCAUGUAAAUAUCUACAAAAUUGUACAAUCAAAUUCUUCAAAAAAUCUCAUGAAUAAUUGAUUAAGCUGAUUUAUGUGUUAAAUGAACUAAAAAUUAACUGAAGUCCCUAAAAUGCUAAUCAUUUUUGUUCACAGGCUCGAUAAGAUUCUGAUCAAAUUUAUUUGUUUUGUCUUGUUCUUUCUGGGACUUUAUUCUGACCAUAAAAAAGAUUAAAUUAAAUAAGUUUCAUCAGUAAAAGGAGAAAUAAUGAUACACUAAUGAAUUUUUGCUAAAAACACUUUGCAUUGGAUUUUGUACACAAAUUCAUGGUUUUGAGCAAUUUUAGGUCUGCAAGCACUUAAUACGAAAUGUUGUGUAAUUUCAAAACUGUGUACUCCGGGGGUCGCAGUUUUGGUCUCAAAACUUGUGCAAGAAUUGGAAGUAAAAAGUCAGUGAGUGACGCGGUCAGAAAAAAUUUGCGUGGCAGAUUUAUCACGAAAAUGUUUAGGGGGCUUAUUAGAGUGAAUUAUUAGGGUGAAGCUUCAGUUACAUGUAAGUGAUAAAACUCAGCAACAUUUUCUAGGGUUAUCAGAUCAGCCUUCAGUUGUUUCUUUAUAAUGUGAUGUUGAAUUGUAAUCACCAAAUCUUUAUCCGUACACGUAUGUAUCCUUGUAUUACCUGUGACAACAGUAAAAUUAAUGUAGUACAUGUAGCGUAUCAAAAAACCCAUAUUUUGAACGAAUGUAGUGCUGCUUUGAGUAUACACGGAGACUGGUUCAGUAGAAUCCAACCCCUACUUGUUUUCCCAAUGAAUAAAGGUCAAGUCCGUUCUGAACAAUAAGUCGGUUUGAAUUAAAAGAAAAAAAUCAAGAUAAUCGUCAAAAAGACAUCGCAUCAAAUAACUCAAGGGUUUUAGAGAUUGCUAUACAGUUUUAGAAAAGGGAUAUUGAAAUGUGAAAUAUCUCAAUAUUGUUAUUCUACAUCGGUGUAUUAUGCACUUUAUGUAGUGAAAUAUGUUACUAUUACUUAUUCCCAAAUGAUGGAAUAAUGUAACUUUAGAUAUGGGAAUGGAACAAUAUGACGUAAAAGAGAAAGAACUUGAUACAAUAAUUCAAAGAUUUUAUUUGGUUGAUAGAAACAAAUUUAACCAUGUUUAAUAGUGUAAUUUUUUUCAUCUUUUUAAGUUUUUCAAGGAAAGAAAUUAUUUCAGAAACAAUUAUCUUAAUGAAAAAAUACCAAUGUGGAUAUUAUUUUAUGUAUGUACCUCUUGAUCUGAUGUUUUAAUUUAUUAAAUAACAUUCUAUUGGUGCUGAAUAAUGUAACUCAAAACUUGUGUGUUAAAAGCCAAUGUAAUUUAUGAUGCUACCAAGUGCUACUCAAACUAUUUUUCUCUUUGUAUUGUCAUUCAUUCACUAUUGCAUGAUGAUUAUAAAUCAUGCUUGUUUUAAUGAUUCAGACCUGACCCAGAAGUGAUAUUGACAAAUCAUUCAAAUCUACAGCUUACUAAAUACAGCAAUAUGCAUUUUCACUACUUACCAGCUGAGUAUUUUGCUUAAGAAUAGCUCCAAUUAUUGGGCUUCGAAAAUUUGUUUUAUUAUACUUUUACUUUUCACUGGCCUCAAGGCCAUGACGUCAUGUUGUGUUAGAAGCAUUGUGAUUCCAUAGGUUGUUCGCCAUAAAAAAGUGGGUGAUUUUUCUGCUUUUCAGAUUCUGCAUUUUAUUUUUACUUCUGUCCUAAAGAGAUGUCAUAAAUAUUAUUUUUCCUGCAAGGUUGAUUUAAUGAAAUCUCAGAGUUUUUUUUUGUAUUGCAGUAUUCUUAAACUGGCAGUUUCCCCCAAUUCUAUCUGCAU